AUGGCUAUGGGACAGGGAGAGCAGCGUGCCAUCCAUCCGUUCUUUCGAAGAGAACUUGGGAUAUCCACGAGCCCAAUUGGCCAAACACCUGUCGGCAAUCACUCUUACGAGGGCCCGGAGCUUCUGCACAAACAACCGCCCAGCAACCAUGUCCCUGCCCCGUCCUCUUGCCCCGAACCGUCCCCUACGCCUGUUGCAACACUGGAUCAUGACCCUAACGCCGACCGGAGGAAGAGACGGAAAACAGACAAGGAGAAGUCGAACCCAACAACGUCGGGUCAGGGAUCUGUGAUGAACUAUGUCAUCUCCAAAGAUGCGCGAUCUCAGGAUAGAGAUACCACCUCAGUUGCAAGCGAGAAUGCAGAUACGACCGAUGAUGGCCUAGUGCCUCCGGAGUCCAAGUCGGAGUCCAAGGCUGGCACUGAGCCCGCUACUCCUGCUUCAGAGGGGGUGGACACGACUAAACAAGGGUCUGAUCACGAGCUUGCAGCCGGCACUGCGCAUGAACCGGUGACAGAAAGAAGGUCACCUCGGCAAAAAACGAUCAAACUGAACCCUAACGGAAAAUUGUUACCUUCUCCUGUGGCAGAUAAGAUCGAGGAUAAGCCGAAGAAGACGAGGACCAGCAAGCGUAGCAAGGUGGACUCCCAGAAGCUUACCGGUUCCGAAAGCAGGGUGGUGAUCAUCCGAUACGGCAUGGAAAGUAGUGCGAGGGAACGGGUAGGAAAGCUGAUUGACGAUAUACUUGCUGGUCACAAGAAGCAUGGCGUCAAACAGGCCUCCCAGCCUGUGGCCCCCGCCUCUUCUACAGUCGCACAACAGCCACAGAGACCGACUCAUCCAUUCUUCCUGAAGAAGUCCACGCGCAAGCAAGACACCACAGACUCGCAGUCCCGAGAACCUAAUUCUACCAAUUCACAGCCCUCCAGGGGAACAGGACUUGCAGCGCGCCCAUUUCCUGGCCAGGAUACAGCAUCAACAACCGUUCCUUCCACCACUUUCACAUCGUUUAAGCAUCGUCGCUCCAAGUUUCCCGAACCUAUACAGCCAAUUUGGCCUCCGCGCGACCUAGUCCAUGUCCGAGGCAUCGAACACAACACCCAAACUACAGCCACUUCCGACCCCGUGAUGCGGGACUUGAAGAAGGCAAAGAUGGCUGCUAUUAGCAUUCAUGACAACGAAAACGUACUUUUACACCAAAUUCGGCAAUAUUCGUCAGACUCUCCGCAAAGUCUGAGGAUUCCCUCUAGACAUGUCGCUAGCGGCAAGGUUAUACAAACAGCCGUGACCAGACAACUAUCGGCAUCUUCUCACGACAAAAAGACGCUCGUGGGAGCCUGUCACCCAGCCCUUAGAAAGCUCCAUUCCUCGCUUCCCAGUUACAUGACCCCAUUCGAUCAAGGGGCAUUCGAAACGUUAAAUUGGGCUCAAAAGUAUGCUCCUCAAUCGGCUGACCAAGUUCUCCAAACCAGCAAGGAAGCAUACAUGCUACGGGACUGGCUGAAAUACCUUAUGGUUACAACAGUCGACACCGGUAAAUCCUCCAAGGGCGAUGAAAAACUAAGAAAAAGUGCCGAGGAGAAGAAACGAAAGAAACGCAAGAAAGAAAACUUGGAUGGCUUUAUUGUCUCAAGCGAAGACGAGGCAUACGAACUGGACCCUGUUAAUGAAUCAGAUGAUGAACUAGCGGGAGAUGUCACCACUAAGAGAACCCUGGUCCGGUCCAAUGACCUGGCUCUGAGUUCGAAGUCAGGCGCUGAUAGAGCUCGCGUAUCCAACGCAAUUCUCCUCAGUGGUCCUCCGGGAUGUGGUAAAACGGCGUCAGUGUACGCGGUGGCAAAAGAGCUUGAUUUUGAAGUUUUCGAAAUCAACCCGGGUAACCGCCGUAGUGCCAGAGAUAUCGUGGAGCGUGUGGGUGACAUGACACGAAAUCAUUUGGUCCACAACGCGAAGACUGGCGAAGUAUCUGUCGCAGAUGGGCCGGAUGAAGCGCCACCCGAUCACAAGCAAAACAAAUUGAUGGGUUUUUUCAAGUCUGGAGUCGCUAAAGACUCCAACGGGGCUCCCAAGGUCGACGUGAAUAGCGCCACUCAAGUGACCGAUAUCAAGCGCUCUCGGAACCAGAAGCAAUCACUUAUAUUGUUGGAGGAAGCUGACAUUCUUUUCGAGGAAGAUAAGCAGUUCUGGUCCGGAGUCAUGGCACUAAUCAACCAGUCGAAACGUCCAAUCAUCAUAACAUGUAACGACGAGAAACUUAUCCCUCAAGACAUAGGAUUUCAUGCCAUCCUUCGCUAUAGACCUCCUCCACUAGACCUUGCCGUCGACUACACCCUCCUCCUGGCUGCAAAUGAGGGCCACAUGCUCAAGCGCAACGCUGUUGAGGACCUAUAUGCGAGCAACGGCAGAGACCUUCGACGGACCGUCAUGGAACUCGGAUUCUGGUGCCAAAUCGCAGUCGGGAGCGAAAAGUCUGGUCUCGAUUGGAUUAUCGACCGGUGGCCACGGGGCUCAGAUCUCGACCAGAAUGGCGAUCCGCUCCGAGUGCUGAGUUUGAACACUUACGAACCACACAUGGGCUGGUUUAGUCGCGAUAUGUUGUUGUGCGACGGCAUAGAUGCUGAUAUAGAGACCCAGCGCGAGGCCUUUAAUUGGUGGCACCUCAGCACCCAAGAGUCGGAGAGUAAAGCUGACGCCAAGUCUAACCUUUCCAAAUCACCAUUGAACCCAGUCUCGGCCACAACGAACGCCGAGCGGCUUGAUCAGUUACGGCAGGCAUCCGAGUUCAUGGAUAUGAAGAGCAACCUGGAUAUUCUUGGCUCCUCUUGCUCGAUCGAAGCCAAACUGGAUAUUGUGGAUACUUCGGCUCCUUUCAUGCCGGAGAAGCAGCGAUCGAACUACGCUGAAGGCUACACCUUACUCGACACCUCUCUCGUACCUGACUAUUCGCAGACGCAAACUGCCAUUGCUUGUACCUUUGAGGUCCUGCUUGGGAGAGCCUUUCGGCAUGAAGAUGGACAGGACGAGGCCGCUCGAGCCGCCCAGGUGCUGGAGAGUGUCGCUAAGCCCGAGUCUGCGAAUACGUCCGAAGCAGGUCUUCUCUCCGCAUUCGCGCCCAUUAUGCGGGCUGACCAUGUGUUUCCUGCACCUACGGGACGCCUGGCCCCCUCAUUUGAGAAUGGCCUAGCGCCUAUCGCCGAAGAUCUAGGCCCGUACAUUCGGGGGAUCAUGUCCUAUGACAUGCGUCUCGCACGAUAUCGCCAUCUGCUGACCGGCGCGCUCUCCGAGGACCAGAGCGGUACGAAACGCGGGCGACAGACCAGGGCUAGCCGCGCGGCGCUGGAAGGGGGUAGCAAAGCUCACACGCGGAAAGAAAGAUGGUUCGCAUCCGAUGCGAAUCCAUCAUUGAUCCUAGCCACUGGCAAGCCAGAAUGGCAAGAUGUCUUGGUGCAGAAGGGAUAUUUUGCGGUCCCAUCCGGUGGGGAAAGCAUGCCGGAAUGCCAUGAGCAAACAUCGGAGAGUUCAAGUGAAGGGGGCAUCUAG